UAAUAAUGAGAGAAAAACAACGUUUAUACAAUAAUAAUUCUGAUAUGCAUUGUCUCUUGACACCUGCUUAGUAAAAAAUAAACUUCAUAUUUUUUUUCUUAACUUAACUGUUUGCUCGAAUCUCGCAAUCGAUAGCCCGCCGCUGCUUACAUCACGACUGGAGGUCAUUAGAUAGGUCAAAUCUCAUUCUUCGUCGAGCGGUCCUGUCGGUCUCUUGUCGCGCGUGUCACGUUUAGCUUAUUGAAUUCAACAAGACACUUUGCGUCCGCAAGCAAUUGUAUUAAAAUGCCUGUUCAAAGCAUCAAGGCUCGCCAAAUUUAUGACUCUCGUGGAAACCCCACAAUAGAGGUUGAUAUUGUCACAGAUCUUGGACUAUUUCGUGCAGCAGUUCCAUCUGGUGCAUCUACCGGAGUUCAUGAAGCUUUGGAAUUGAGGGACAACGAUAAAUCUAAAUAUCAUGGAAAAUCUGUUUUCAAAGCUAUAGAAAAUGUUAAUUCUAUCAUUGCUCCUGAAUUAUUGAAGGCCAACUUGGAAGUUACACAGCAAGAAGAAAUUGAUAACUUCAUGCUGAAACUGGAUGGUACUCCAAAUAAAUCCAAACUUGGAGCAAAUGCAAUUUUGGGUGUCUCUUUGGCUAUAUGCAAGGCUGGCGCUGCCAAAAAGAAACUGCCUUUGUACAAAUAUAUUGCUGAGUUGGCUGGAAAUAAUGACAUUAUUUUGCCAGUGCCAGCAUUCAAUGUAAUCAAUGGUGGUUCUCAUGCUGGCAAUAAGCUGGCUAUGCAAGAGUUUAUGAUCUUGCCCACUGGUGCGGCCAACUUCACGGAAGCCAUGAAAAUGGGCAGUGAGGUUUAUCAUCAUUUGAAGGCGGGUAUCAAAAAGAAAUUUGGUCUGGACGCCACAGCUGUCGGUGAUGAAGGUGGAUUUGCACCAAACAUUUUAGAGAACAAGGAAGCUCUCAACUUGAUCAUAGAGGCUAUCAAAACCGCUGGCUAUGAAGGAAAGAUUAAAAUUGGCAUGGACGUUGCCGCCUCCGAGUUUCAUAAGAACGGAAAAUAUGAUUUAGACUUUAAAAAUGAAAAAUCUGAUCCGAGCACAUAUUUGGAACCUGAAGCAUUGAAAAACUUAUACUUGGAAUUCGUCAAAGAUUUCCCGAUCGUAUCGAUUGAAGAUCCCUUCGAUCAGGAUGACUGGGAUUCUUGGGUUACCUUAACUAAAGCUACUCCUAUUCAAAUCGUCGGUGACGAUUUGACUGUCACUAAUCCUGUGAGGAUUAAGACAGCUAUUGAGAAAAAAGCGUGUAACUGUCUGUUAUUAAAAGUCAAUCAAAUCGGCAGUGUGACCGAAUCCAUCUCUGCUCACAAGCUCGCGAAGGACAACGGUUGGGGUACUAUGGUUUCUCAUCGUUCUGGAGAAACGGAGGACACGUUUAUUGCCGAUUUGGUUGUCGGUCUCUCGACCGGCCAGAUUAAGACUGGCGCGCCCUGUCGCUCGGAACGUUUGGCCAAGUACAAUCAGAUCCUGCGUAUCGAGGAAGAGCUCGGUGCUGCCGCGAAAUAUGCUGGAGAGAAAUUCCGCAAUCCACACGCUUAAAUGAGACUAUAACACAUCUCCACAUUAUCUCAAUGCUUUGACAAACAUUAUUCAAGCCCAUAUAUUUUUAAGAUUAGAUUGCGGUGUAAUCGAAGACAUUUUUGUAGUCUUGAUAUAUACAAGGAUGUCUGAAACUUUUUUGACACAGUCGAAGUGCGGAGAUAGAUUGGAUCAUUUGGAACGAAAAAGUAUACGAUUUUGCAAAAGUUGCAGUAGUUAUUAAGAUAAAAUAAAUUAUUAGUUAUUAAUAUGAUUAAUGAAUGUGCUAUUAAUUACUUAAUAUGAGCUAAACAUAGAAAACAAUCAAUUGGACUUUUAAAAGUAAGGGAGAGUUACAGCAACAUGUUAAAAUUCAUCGUUCCCUUGAGAAACCUUUAUAAUUGCCAAGUACGGUUUUUGAUUGUACUCUUAAAAUAUAUUGCGCGUUGAUUUCUCAAAGUGACAAUAAUGUGUAUUUUUUUUUUUUUUUUGACGGUAUGUGGUAAGUGUUUUGACAAAAGGUAACUUAAAUAUUUAUGAAAGAGUUCAUUGGACUCUGUAUAGGCAUGUAAUUUGUAACUAGCAGAAAGUUUACGUGGUUAAUGUGAACCAAUGCUAGGUGUACGUAUAAAAUUAUAUAUUUUUAAACAUGUAAAUUCAUAGAAAUUCGAAUUAAAUUCAAUUCAAAAAUUCAAAGAUGCUUAAUUUGCUGUGUAUAUAAAUAUACAUGUAAUUUUUUUAGUUGUAAAGAAGAUUGCUUCCUUCACAUACGAUCUUCUACAGAAGAUAGAGACGACUUCCCGCUAUCAGUUGGACAUUGAUUGAUUGCUUUUUUGAAAAUUACAUCGACUGUGUAUCAAAAAGUUUCAGAUACCGUAUAAAUCCAUACCCCGCGCAAGAAUAAAUUCCUAAAUACGA